UGUGGUAUUUGUGGCUCUGAUCUGCACCUGUGGACAGAGGGACAUGUGUCUGAUUUUAUACUAACCAAACCGUGUAUAUUGGGUCACGAAUCGAGCGCUACUGUUCUUGCAGUUGGAGAAAGUGUUCAGAAUGUAAAGCCCGGCGACAGAGUAGCCGUAGAGCCGGCCAUCCCGUGCCUGGAGUGUGACAUUUGUCGCGCCGGUCGUUACAAUUUGUGUCUAUUUUCUAAUCUAAGAACUCGUGGUUUACCGCCAAUGGAUGGAUGUCUUACACAAUAUUACACACAUCCGUCGCGAUUCUGUUAUAAACUUGCGAACCACAUAUCAUCAGAAGAGGGGGCAAUGUGUGAGCCAUUGUCUGUAGUUAUACACGCCGUGCGAAGGAUUCAAUUAAGUGUCGGCCAUAAUGUGCUGGUCUGCGGAGCGGGUACUAUAGGUCUUAUGAGUUUGCUUUGCGCCAAAGCUUUCGGUGCCAACAAAGUGUAUAUCACGGAUGUCUGCAACAGUCGAUUAGAAUUGGCUAAAAAGUUGGGCGCAGACCAGACAUACCUAAUUGACUCAAAACUAUUCAAUGACACAGAAAUGGCUAAAAUAAUUGUCAACGAUAUGGGAGACGCUCCAGACGUUACACUUGAGUGCACGGGAGUCGCGUCGUCCACAUGUAUGGCUAUAUAUGCGACCAAAGACGGUGGAAAAGUUGGGAUCAUUGGUUUGGGUGACAAUACAAUAGAGCUUCCUAUGGCUUAUGCGGCGAUUCAUGAAAUAGAUUUGAUCGGAAUUUGUCGCUAUAAAGACGACUUUCAGUUAGCGUUACAAUUGAUAUCGAGCGGAAAAGUAGAUCUAAAGCCAUUGGUUUCUCAUAGGUUUCCCAUUGAAGAAGCAAUAAAUGCAUUCAAACUUAUGAAGAGCCGCAGCGAUGGGGUCUUA